UUGGCUUCUAACGAAAAUGAAAAACAGACAUUUAUUGUGUUUACACUCGCCAAAAACCUCCUAAAAACACAUUUAGCUAUGAGCAAACCAUGCUUGUCCUAGGCGUUGUGUGUAUGACGAUAUUUACUAGGGCUAUUCAAUAAUUCAUUUCAAUAACAGAACUGAACGAGAGCGGUCAACAAUAUAAAACCAAAAAACAGUGAAACAAAAACAUCAAAAAUUCGACAAAACACUAAAUUCCAACAACACCAACUACGUUGUAGCACACACACACACACCCCUACACACGCGAAUGAAUUGCAAUAAAUUUGACAAGAAAAAGUCUAAUCAGAAGAGGAGAAAAGCAAAAUAAAAAAUGUUAUGCAAAUUCAUUUGGCAAUGAAGAAAAAAUAAAGUGCAUUUCGCAAAAGGAAAAUUGAAGUAAUGUAGUGGAGCAAAAAAAAAUCUCCACAAAGCCAAAGCACAUGGACUAAAAGAAUUGCGCGAGUACUCCGGGCAAAGUCGAGUUUAUUUAAUAAUUUCUUGUGAAAAAUGCUAUAGAUUUGGCGCCUGUCCAAAACUGAUGCAUCGGAAGUGAACAAAAAAGCUUACAACGGCAUCCAAAAACAAAAAAAAAGAAUAAUGUAAUGAACAAGUGCAUGUGUAAUUUUCAUCAUUUUUCCGUGGAUCCCAAGGAAAACAAGACAUUGUAAUUUCUGUUGACCAUAACAUAUAAUUACAUAAUAACAAAAAGAUCUUUUCGAAGAAAGAAAAUCUGAUAGAAAAUUAACGAAAACAACAGAUUUGCGUUUUGCAAAUCUGUUGUAAAUAUUUGGCAUCCAAAAUUUUGUUGCUUUUGAUGUGGUCAACAGAAUAUUUAUAAGGAAAUAUUUUUCAUCUCUUGUGUAACCCUGUGCCAGAACGUGGAACGCAAUCAUACGGCAAGAUUCUCACAUAAUUGCUAGGGAAAAAAUCACCGAAGAAACAUUUAAGCGAACGAAUUGCUGCUGACAACAAUAAACACGAAAAGUUAACCUCUUUAGCAAGUAUUGCGUCUUGGGAAUAACAGUAACAACAACAACAAAGAUAGUAACACCACAAACCAUCCCACCAUCCAUUGGCGUGUUUGUAGCCUCGUGUAAUAAAAUCCGAAGAAAAUUCCGUAGCUUUACAUCAAAUUUUUCUUGCUUCAGUAGUCAUAACAAUUUACCUCGUAUUAUUUUCUUCAUUUAGCUGCAUUCUUUUUUUUCGUGUGUCUAUAAUCGCUGUCGUUGUCAUUGCGGUGCCAUCUGAGAUCAAGUGUGUGUUUUUUUUAAACAAUCAAACAAAAAAAGCAAAAAAAAAAUACUUGCGAUAACAAUUUCCACUCACUUUGGCAGCAGCAAAAGCAAACACCAUACUCUCGUGGAGUGGCCGAGUAAUAAAAGAAAUAAAACUAAAAAACACACAAAUUGAGUUUACCGGUUUUCGUGUUGUGUGUUUUGAUUUCUUGUCCGCUUCUUGUUUGUUUUUCUUUUUUUUAUCGAAGAAGCCGGGUUUUUUGGUUUUGUUUUGCUAUUUGAAAACAUAAUAAUAAUAUAACACAUUACCACACACACACCCACACACAAUUUUGACAUUUGACUGUGUGAGUGUCUAUGAGACGUGAAUCGAUUGUUGAAUUCUUUGGGUCUUUUGAAAAAGAGCUAAAGUGAAGCAGACAUAUUUACUGUGCGCACUUCGCACAAUUGAGCAACGUAUUUAUUGAGAAUGUCCCAGGGACAGAAGGAAACCAUCAUACAUUUGGUUGCUGGCGGAACUGCUGGUACAGUUGGUGCUGUUGUAACAUGUCCAUUGGAAGUUGUUAAAACUCGUCUACAAAGUUCAACAGCUUUUUUAACGCCGCCACGAAUAGAGAGCAACUCUGCAACAAAUGUAUCCUCCGAAUUACUGCGACCUGAGCAAAGACGUAAACUCAGUACGACGAUAUUACGCAACAGGUCCCAACCACAGGUGAUUGGGGGUGUUCGUAGGAUAAUGGCAAUUUCUCACUGCGGCAUCUCAUCCACAUCCACCAAAAGCAUGAGUAUAAUACAGUGUCUGAGACACAUAGUACAAAAUGAAGGUCCCCGAGCAUUGUUUAAAGGUCUCGGACCGAAUCUCGUGGGUGUGGCUCCAUCACGUGCCAUAUACUUUUGCACAUAUUCUGAAACCAAAAAUUUCCUCAAUAAACUAGGAUUAGUACAACCAGAUUCACCACAAGUUCACAUUAUGAGUGCAGCUAGCGCCGGUUUUGUUUCCUCUUCCAUAACCAAUCCUAUUUGGUUUGUUAAAACACGUUUGCAAUUGGACUAUAACUCAAAAGUAAAAAUGACUGUCAGGCAAUGCAUACAACGUGUCUAUGCUCAAGGUGGCAUUGCUGCCUUUUACAAAGGCAUAACGGCCAGUUAUUUUGGUAUCUGUGAAACUAUGAUACAUUUUGUUAUCUACGAGUUCAUUAAAUCGAAGCUGAUUGAACGGCAUAAUAAACGUGGGGCUGAUACCACAAAGUCAUCCAGAGAUUUCCUUGAGUUUAUGAUGGCUGGUGCCAUAUCAAAGACUGUUGCCUCCUGUAUAGCAUAUCCACAUGAAGUGGCGCGAACACGUCUGCGCGAAGAGGGCAAUAAAUAUAACAAAUUUUGGCAAACACUUCAUACAGUGUGGAAGGAGGAAGGCAGACCGGGUUUAUAUAGAGGCUUAGCUACGCAACUUGUGAGACAAAUACCAAAUACUGCUAUUCUGAUGGCGACAUAUGAAGCUGUGGUUUAUGUAUUAACACGACGUUUUAAUAGUAAAAGUAAUGAAUUUUAUGAUUUCUAAGAAUUAUGUUUAUGCCAUCACCCCCCCCCUUCAACUUCCUUCCGUAACCCCACCCACAAACCAAACCCCCAUUUACUCUAGCUAGUUUUAUAUAGAUAUAUAUACAACAAAUACAAACAAACAUAGUUAACGAAAAACAAAA